UCUCUACAGACUACAGUUAUGGCAAAGGUAGCUUCUGAUCCGACUCCACUCACCGGAGGCAACAGCGGCGGUGGCAGUGGAAGGAGGCCACUUCCAGAUUCAGGCCAUGUUAACGGUGGCGAUGGCGCUUACAGCUACACCAGAAACUCUUACUUUCAGAAAUUUGCUGUAAAUGUGGCUAAGGAAAGAAUCGAGGGAGCAAUAAGAAUGAAGCUUGAUGUGGAAAAAUUGUCUUCUAGAUCCAACAUAAUGUGCAUAGCGGAUUUGGGAUGUGCUGUUGGUCCAAAUACCUUCAACUCCAUGCAAGAUAUCCUACACUUUAUGCAACAAAAGUAUAGUGUCCAAUGCCCAAAAUCCGACAAAACACUAAAAUUCCUAGUGUUUUUCAACGACCAACCCUCCAACGAUUUCAACACACUCUUCACCUCCCUCCCUCGGGAAGCACCCUACCUCGCGGCCGGCGUGCCGGGGUCGUUUCACGGCCGGUUAUUCCCAGAAUCGUCGAUCCACCUUGCGCACUGCUCGUACGCUCUCCAUUGGCUUUCCGGUGUACCGGAAGAGCUACGAGAUGAAAAUUCAAGUGCAUGGAACAAAGGGAGGAUACACUACACCAACGCUCCCGACGAGGUGGUCCGAGCUUACGCAGCUCGAUUCGCCAAGGACAUGGAGGAUUUUUUGUGUGCGAGAGCGGAGGAGAUCGUCGAAGGUGGCAUGAUGAUGAUCAUCAUGCCGGGUAUUCCCAACGGAAUGUCUUAUGAUGAAGUGGCUGCCAGUGUAAUGUACGAGUUCAUGGCGUCGAGCUUAAUGGACAUGGCCGAUGAAGGGUUGAUAAGUGAAGACGAAGUAGACUCGUUUAACUUGCCGAUAUAUACUCCGUCACCGGAGGAGAUGGCGGUGGCGGUGGAGAAAAAUGGGCAGUUUAGCAUGGAGAUUUUGGAGUUAACUAACUCAGCGGCUCUGGUCGAUGGCCGAGUUGAUAUAAAAGCUUGGGUCAGCCAUGUUAGGGCAGCAAAUGAGGGGAUGUUCACCAAAAACUUCGCCGGUGAUAUUAUCGAUGAAAUGUUCGAUCGAGUGACCGAAAAACUCUUCAUGUUUUCUAAACGAUUGAAUUCUCUGUACAAGGAUCGAACUCAGCUUCUUGUUGUUUUAAUCCGAAAAUAGAAGGUAUUGAUAUU